AUGAAUUCAAAGAGACCUUUAAAGCCAUUUGCUUUCGGAUUUUCGCAGGGCUCAGCAGCCAAGUCCAAAUCAUUGCUUGAUCCGGAAGAACAAGCCGAAACUCAUAAAAAGCCAACGGCAUUGGAUUACUUUUCCGAUGAAGAUUCCCAACCAAAAAAACGAAAACUUGUAAAACUAGACGAUGACUUAGAUGAAGACUUUGAUAAACAAGAUGGAGCAAGUAAUUUAUCCAACGUUAAUGAAGAUUAUGUUGGUGAUCUAGAAGAUGAUAGACCUCCACCUCCUCGGACUUCAACCGGAAUUCGAGGAUUUGUGCCUCAGGGCUUUAGUUUUAACAAGAAUGUCACUAAUAUUCAUGAGAAUAUGCCUGAUAAUAAACUGGAUGUGCAAAAGGACGAUGAAAUUGACGAUCCUCUCGAUGCUUUUAUGCUUGAUAUUGAUAGCCAAGUUCAAAAAGAAAGUCAAAGCAAAUCUAUACAAGAAAAAAUUCGUAGAGAUGAUAUUGAAGAUGAAGACUUUGUUGAAAGUUAUGUAAAUCAUAUGAAGAAAAAAGGAAUUGAAGUCGGUAAAAGUCAACGACCAAUUGAAAAGGAUGAGAAUGUGAAUUCGGAUGAGGAAGUGUAUGCUACUGCGAAGGCUAUUGAUGCACAACUUGAAUACGACUCUGAUGAUAAUCCAGUUGUGGAACAAAAGCGCAAAGACAUUGAACCACUCCCAGCCGUUGGUAAAUAUGCGGCAGUACCCGUUGCAAUGUCCGGAAGAGACAUUAUUGGUAUUGCAAAAACAGGCUCCGGUAAAACUGCCGCUUUUAUUUGGCCCAUGUUGAUACAUAUCAUGGAUCAAGAAGAAUUACAUAAAGGCGAAGGGCCAAUUGGUUUAAUAUUAGCGCCGACAAGGGAAUUGGCCAGCCAGAUAUACAUUGAAGCCAAAAAAUUUGCAAAGAGUUACGUUGCAGCAGUUUAUGGAGGUGCUUCGAAAAUGGAUCAAUUCAAAGAACUCCGACCUGGUGGAAUAGAGAUAUUAGUGGGUACCCCGGAAUAUUCGAAUAUUCUCAUUUCCGAAUAUCAUAUAGCGUUAUUGUUUAGUGCUACAUUCCCCAAAAAAGUUGAGAUUCUAGCUCGCGAAGUGACCACUGAACCAGUAAGGAUUUCCAUUGGUAGCGUUGGCCAGGCGAAUACUGAUAUUACGCAAAGGAUAGAAAUUUUGACUGAUGAUGGAUACAAGUGGGGUGGAGCAUUACAUGGCGAUAUGAUGCAGGCCGAUCGUGACAAAGUAUUGAAAGAUUUUAAAAAUAACAAAUUUCCAAUCAUGGUUGCGACUGAUGUAGCUGGUGCGUAUGAGUUAGUGGAUUUUCUUAUUUUAUUAGUUUUUACUCCUCUAUUGAAAUUUAAUAAACAAUUUAGCAAGGGGACUUGA